AUGACAGGCAUGAUGCGACUCCCACCAACCCAGAUCGACCUCAGCAAUCAUCAGGCAACCGUCUUCAUAAUCUUGCGCCGCACAAACCACUUUGCCCAAAAGCCACCCAACCCACGCAUCCUGAAUCGUACUGUCGCUCAAGCUGGCGAGUUGGAGACACCCUUGGACCCAAGGUACGACUGGUCCGCUCCGACACCCAAUCCUGAUAGGGGCAACAGGCAGGUCCGCAUUGGUGUUGAAAAACCGGACCCGUCUGGUGAAUCGACUUGCGCUAUCAAUGGAGUAGCUUUCCGUUCCCAAACAGGUCUGCAAGCAGGAUUGGAGGCUCUCGAUACGAAGCUUACAGAGUACCUGAACCUCGACAUAGCGAUUCUCAGGAAUGAAAAGAACGACCGCAAAGUGACAGUCGAACGAACGCACAAAGAUGGGGAUACUGGACCCACAGGAAGGCUGAUACGAAUUGCUGUUCAUGAUACUGACGUCGACAAGAAGCUGUGGAUUUGUUGGGAGAUACUGGAGGUCCAAAUUUACUGA